AAGAACUAUAUUCCCAUGCUCACGCAUGUUUUAUUUUUUGGAGUUUUUUUUUGUUUGUUUAACCAGUGCCACUCUCCAAACAUAUUUUCAACCCUAAAUGAGAACCACCCUAUUCUUUCUCAGGCUAAUCAUAUUUUCCUAAAGUAUUUUGUUCAGGCAUAUAUUUUAAAUAUAUUUAUUUUAAUUUACUCAGAUUAUUAUUUUUGGACAAAAUCCUGCGCACUACCAGAUUUGCAAAAUCGUACACUAGUUAAUGCAAUUAGGCAAUGCUGUAAAUUUUGUAAAUGGCAAGCUACAGGAGUGCAUGGGAUUUAUUUUUUCUUCCCCAUUCAUGAUAUUAUUUUAAAAAUGUCAGGUUUGUAAAACUUGUAAAAUGUAAAAGCCCACGUAAAACCUGUCUCUUGUGAUAUUGGGUUUCUUUUGCCUAUUUUAUAUUUUAUUUUAUUUUAGUUCAACCGCAAAUCUGAUCAUAAAUAGUAAUGCCCUUUUCUCCAAUAAGCAACAUGGUGAGGUGUCAUUUAUGUAUGUAGCACAAAUGGUGUGGGAUAAUGUAAGCUGAAGUUUUAUAUUUGGGGUUUGGGGUUUAGAAUGACUUUUUUAAAUGAUGCUUUAUCUACAAAGCCGUUGUGCAAGUCGAGUCAAGAAAACAAGAACAGGUCGAUUGGUUCCUCUAGUGAAGCAUGGGUGAAUUGAAUCUGACAGCCCUAUCUCCAUCCCUGCCACUCAUGCCAUUUCAUUUUUGUGAUGGAAAAUAUGGGAACUUCUGGCUCAUUAUUCACUCAACACCUCACCUGUUAACCACACGAGUCACGACCCCACCCACCGAAGCCUGCGGGUGAAUCUGUCUGUGAACACGGCUACUAGCUGGCUUUUAUCUGAGGAGGAGCCACAAACCACUUUCCACAGAGCAUUAGGGCAGCACUAACGUUCACAUUUAAACUCAGCGAUCAUGAAUAGAUGACAAAUUGGUUCAGAAAUGCUCAUUGUGCCGUGCAAUGCUGAUGAAAAGACUCACAGUGCAUGAAUAUCUCGCAGGAUAAUUUGUGAACAUUUGAUGAUCACCUUGAAGAUCACCUGAAUGGAAAAAUAUUUAGCUUUGUGAAGCACGAAUGAUGACUAAAAAGUAGAGUCAACCAGUCACCUGGCAGUUGAGGAUUGGUUUGUGAUCAAAAUGAACCUUGAAAGUAAUGGAUUGUCUGUGCAGUGCUACCUGAAGCUGAAGCUGAUGGGAAAAAUGAGAAGAAGAGUUCAGGAGAUGAGAAACCCAAACGCUCAGGUGUCUAACGUGGAUCUGAGUCACAAUGAAAGCACACGACUGGCUAUGGAUGCUCUCCUGGACAAAGGGCUAGAUGGAUACCAGGAAGUGCUGAUCAAAGAGAAUGAAGCAAACUUUCUGUCUGCGGAGGAGAAAACAUAUAUCUUAAACAACAUUAAAAAGCCUCUCAGUGACGAGGAAGAGGCAGACCGGGACGAAGAGGUGUCUAGUUCUCCAUCAGUUUCUUCGGAGACAUACUUUCCUGCAGCCACAGAGAGUGAGCCGCCAGUUCUUGACUACGGCUGGCCGGUGGCUGACUGGAGUUACCAUCUGCAAGGGAUUCCUAGUGUGGAAGUGUUCUUCCAGUCAGUGAAAUCCUCUUCCAUGAAAGACCUGCUGCGGGAACUCAUCCGGCAAGCGACUACAGUUUUGGCAAUAGUUAUGGACACAUUCAGCGAUGUGGAGAUUUUCUGCGACAUACUGGAGGCGUCAAGAAAGCGCAAUGUGUACGUCUAUCUCCUUCUGGACCACACCAAUUUACAGCUGUUUCAGGACAUGUGUGAAAAUGUAAAAAUCAACAAGUCACACCUUACUAGAAUGUCCAUUCGUAGUGUUCAAGGUGAGACAUAUUGUGCCAAAUCAGGCAGAAAGUUCACUGGACAAAUGAAAGAGAAGUUCAUCAUUGUGGACUGCACAAAAGUGCUGGUCGGCUCGUACAGUCUCACCUGGCUGUCCUGCCAGGUUCACAGAAGCUUGGCCAUACUCUUUAAAGGCAGCGGGGUUAAACCUUUCGACCUGGAAUUUCGCAGACUCUAUGCACUUUCUAAACCAGUGCUAGGAUUUACCUGGCACACAUCAAAUCCUGCUGAUCUCCACCUGCCCUUUGAGAAUCUCCAGAUCCCAACGUGGCCAGCAGGAAUGCCCAGAAACACUGCUGGCCACCUACGACAGAAACCUCAUAAUCCCGGUAACCCCAGUUUUCCGACACCUCCAGUCCUGGUCAGACGGACCAGCUAUCCAAGUGCCACCACUGGACCACAAAGAUCUCAAUGGCUUCCAUGGAGGAACACAAUCCAUCAUCCCAUUGCUUGCCAGUCCCCCGUCUUCAAAGAUUAUAAUAUGAAAAGCCAAACCUGGCGCCCAAAAGAGGGCAAUCACAUCAACAGAGGUGUUCCUGAAGCUUCCCACUGGUGCUAGAGCAGGUUUUGUGAUGCUCAGAUUUAGUAAACAAUGUGAUGCUGUAAAUACGUAUGUGUGCUUAUUGCAUGAAUUAGCAGAUAUUUUAUUGUGCUUUGUAAUAGUAAAAGCAUGUAACUCCAAUAAAAGAUUUAUAAAUGUACAAUC